GGGCGAAGUUGUAUGCUAAUAUUCUUCUCUCUCUAUACUUGUUCUGUGUGUGAACAUCAUUAUAAGACGCAACACUGAGCCAGUGCAGCACCAGAUGCCAAAGGAAAUGUCAGAAAUGUCAUCACCACAACCUAAGGGACCAGAGGUUUCUUCAGGCAGCAUUGUUGUUUCAGAAACAGAAAGUGCUGCCAAAUCACAUAAACAAGACAUGAGGAGAAGGAGGAAGGAGAUACGACAAAGCCCAUUCAAAGUACCAGAAAGUAAUAGCAUUUUUCUACAGAGCGUAAAUGAAAAAGAGAGCCAAAGAGAGGAGAUGCGUAAAUUCCUGGCUCUGCCAAUUGAUAAGAAGACGACCCACGCUGCACGAAUGAUGACCAAGAUGAAGAAAGAGCUGGUGGGAAAACUGGAUGAGGAGGAGGAGGGGGAAAAGGAAAAGAUGAAGAAUCUAAAACAAAUCAAGAGUAAGACAACUUUCCCUAAACAAACACCGGGCAGACAUGAGUUGAAGAUGGCCAUGAUGAAACGAGAAAACGUUACAAAAGACAGCAAACAUGACUUAAUCUCCAUGGAACGACAGAAGGCAGUGUUGGAGUUAUCUCUAUUGACGAAGAGGGGCGAAAUUUUGAGGAUGGACAAGGCCAUUGCAAAAGAGGAGAGACAGCUUAAACAACUUGAAAGGAUGAUUGCAAGAGACAACCUCAUCUUUGAAGAGUUCCUCAGGGAGAAUGAGAAAAAGUCUGUGGAGGCCAGAACAUUUUUUGAACGGGAGGCCAAGUCCAAACAGGAAAAGAAUGCUGAGAUCAAGAAACUGACUGCUGAAAUAGGCACCAUAAAGAGUGAAUUUGCCAAGUUUGAAGAAAUCCUGAUAGACUACAAGAGAUACAAAGAGCUUCUGUUCAAGCUGUCUCCUCCAGAGUGGCAGGAGGCCCAGAAAGCUAAGGCUUCUUUGAAAUCUAAAGUCCUGUCUGACAAAGACACACAGGACAAGCAGAAAAGGAAGCCUAAGGAGUCAGGAAUUAGUCACGGUUUGGUGUCCAGUCCAGGUAGAGAGCUGCCUUCCAUCAGAGAGACCAGUCUGUCCUCAGCCCACAGCGACACAGUGAUCACAAAUUCUAAUCUGGAUAUUGACAUCUCAGAGUAUGAGGAUGAGCCAGAGCUGUACUUUUCUGAUCCCCAGCAGCUUCUAGAUCUGGUGACUGAGCUGACAGAGCAGAACUUGUCCCUGAUUCAGAACUCAACAAGGGUUGAAGUGACAAUGGAGGGGCUCCGACAGUCCGUGGAGACGACCAGGAAGAAGAUUGAAAAGGAGGAAGAGCAGCUAAAUAUACAGAUAAAUGAGAUUAACCAAAGAAUCAACAAAGAGAAGGCGGGAGGCAACAAGCUCAAACAGAAGGUUCAGGUCCAUGUCUCAUUGAACACAGAGGACCAGGAUGUGAUGCUUGAAGCUCUCGGUGACAAAGUGUCGGAGGUGUAUCGCAGCUGCGUGGAUGACAGGAUGACCAACCUCAGCACCUUGGAGAAACUUGUCAGUAUUGAGAACCGUAUGUCUAUACUGCUGCAGGGCCUUGAGAGCAUCCCUGAAAAAGUCUUGGAGAUGAUAAAAAGGAUAAAAGACAGCGAGAGGAGGACCAGGGAGCGUGAAGAAAAGCUGAGAGAGCAGAGAGAGAAACAGAAAGAAAGGAUGAGGAGGUAUAUGGAGAGAUCCCUGGCUGACUCCAAGAAAAUAAGUGGGAGAAAGCUCAUGCCCAGAUGCAUGCCUGUUGCCCCGAAAGUCAAAGUCAGCAAUGUGGCCAACAUCCCCGACGUGGACGAGCUCCAUGACUACCUCUUCACCUCUGAUGACAUAGAGUAAAAAACAAACAAAAAACGAAAAUUAUGCAAAGAAAAUUAUGUUUUAAAUAUUAAAAUGCAGUCAGCCUCAUUAGCACAUAUGAUUUGUAACUGAACAAUUAUUAUUUACUACUGGAUUAAAACCUUC